CGAACUAAUGGGAUGAGGCUCGUAAUCACCUGCAUGUGAGACGAAGAGACAUUCUUUUACUUGGCACGUCUCGGCGUUAGCAAGUGAUUUUUCCCGUGCGGUUGAAGCAGCGCGGCCGCGGGAGGCCCCUGCCUUCCUCCUGGUCGUGAUCGCCUCGAGGGUCGAAGGAGAGAAGGGCUGGCGAAAAGCCAGCGCAGGAGAUGACCGCGGGACGGGCCCCGCUGUCCCCGUGGCGACGGUGCCGUCCCCGCCCGCUGCCCGCGGGAAAGGCAGGGCGGGCAGCGCUCGGCAGCGCUCGGUGCCUGCAGUGCCGGGAGGAGGCUGCGGGCGCCGCUGUUGACCGAGGAGGAGCGAGAGGAAGGCCGGAGCGCUGCCGGCAGCCCCGCCCGCUGCGGCCCGGCCGCUCGCUGGCUGGCUGGCUGGCUGGCUCGGCGGCCGGGCGGUCUGCGAGCGUCCCCGCGGUGCGGAGCCGUGCUGCAGCGAGGCGGAGGGGCCGGCGGCAGCGGCCGGGAGCGGCGAGCCGGGGCCGAGCCUUAGAGGGAAGCGGAGCCCGAGCCGGAGCGUCUGCGAGGAGCGUGCGGCGGCGGUGCGGGUCCGGCGGGGCCGCGGCGGAGAUGUGCGCGGCGGGGAGGCGCUGGGGCCGGCGGGAGCGAGCCCUGCUGUGGUGCGUCCUGGUGGCGGCGUGGGAGGCGGCGUGGGGGCAGCUGCGCUACUCGGUUCCCGAGGAGAUGCCGAAGGGCUCGUUCGUGGGCGACGUGGCCAAGGACCUGGGGCUGGAGCUGCCGGCGCUCCGCGACGGCGGCGUCCGCGUUGUCUCCGAGGGGAGGACGCAGUAUUUCGCUCUGCACGGCAAGACGGGGCAUUUGGUGACGGCGGAGAGGAUAGACAGAGAGCAGCUGUGCCGGCUGGUGGAGAAAUGCGUGCUGCGCUGUGAGGUGAUUGCGGAGGGGGAAAUGCAGGUUUACGGCAUCGAAGUGGAAAUCACGGACAUUAACGACAACGCGCCCAGUUUCCGAGAGUCGCAAAAAGAACUGAGAAUGAGCGAGACGACAGCGCUGGGGUCGCGUUUUCCCCUGGCCGAGGCCCACGACCCGGACUCGGGACGGAAUUCGCUGCAGAGCUACGAGCUGAGCGGCGACGAGCACUUCUCGCUGGCCGUGCAGGCGGGCCCCGGCGGGGAUCAGCGUCCCGAGCUGGUGCUGGCGAAGGCGCUGGACCGGGAGGAGGCGGCGUUUCACGAGCUGGUGCUGAGGGCGAGCGACGGCGGAGAGCCGGCGCGGACGGGCACGGCGCGGAUCCGCGUGGCGGUGCUGGACGCGAACGACAACGCGCCCGUGUUCAGCCAGGCGGAGUACACGCUGCGUGUGCCGGAGGACGUGCCCGUCGGCUCCACCCUCGUCACCGUCACGGCCACCGACGCCGACGAGGGCAUCUACGGGCGAGUGAAAUACAGUUUCCAUAAAAUUUCAGAAAGCUCGUCGGAACUUUUUUAUCUGGACUCUCAGACAGGACAAAUAUCCCUUAAGGAAGAUUUGGACUUUGAGGAAAUCUCCUCACAUAAACUGGAGGUGCAGGCACAUGACGGAGGAGAGCUUUUCGACACGGCUAAAGUCGCGAUCACGGUGACAGACGUGAACGACAACGCGCCCGAACUGACAGUGUCGUCGUCGCUGAGCGCGAUCUCGGAGGACGCGCCGCCGGGGACGGUGGUGGCCCUGCUGCACGUGCAGGACCGGGACUCGGGGGCGAACGGCGAGGUGCGGUGCAGCAUCGCCGAGCGGCUCCCGUUCCGGCUGGAGAAGUCCUUUGAGGACUACUACCGCGUGGUGACGGCGAGGGAGCUGGACCGGGAGGAGGUGGCGGAGUACAACGUGACGGUGCGGGCGGCGGACGGCGGGUCGCCGGCGCUGUGGAGCAGCGCGGUGCUGGCGCUGCGGGUGCUGGACGUGAACGACAACGCGCCGGUGUUCGCGGAGGCGCGCUACAGCGCCCGGCUGCCCGAGAACAACGCGGCGGGCGCGCUGGUGCUGACGGUGCGGGCGGCGGACGCGGACUGGGGGCAGAACGCGCGCGUGCGGUACCGGCUGUCGGAGGGGCGGGUGCGGGGCGCGCCGCUCUCGUCCUACGUGUCGGUGCAGGCGGAGACGGGCGCGCUGUACGCGCUGCGCUCCUUCGACUACGAGGAGGUGCGCGAGGUGGGGCUGUGGGUGCGGGCGGAGGACGGCGGCGCGCCGGCGCUGAGCAGCAACGUGUCGGUGCGGCUCGUGAUCGUGGACGAGAACGACAACGCGCCGCAGGUGCUGUACCCGCCGCCGGCGCCGGCGCCGGGCGCGGGCUGGGCGGGCGUGGAGCUGGCGCCGCGCUCGGCGGAGCCCGGGGCGCUGGUGGCCAAGGUGGUGGCGGUGGACGCGGACGCGGGGCAGAACGCGUGGCUGUCGUACGAGCUGGCCAAGGCGACGGAGCCGGGGCUGUUCCGCGUGGGGCUGCACAGCGGCGAGGUGCGGACGGCGCGCUUCCCGCUGGCCCGCGACGCGGCGCGGCAGAGCCUGGUGGUGGUGGUGAAGGACCACGGGCGGCCGGCGCUGUCGGCCACGGCCACGCUGACGGUGGUGCUGGCCGAGAGCGUGGCCGAGCUGCUGUCGGAGCUGGGCAGCGCGGCGGCGGCGGCGCCGGGCGAGCCGGCCGGCAGCCUGACGCGGUGGCUGGUGGUGGCCGUGGCGGCCGUGUCCUGCCUCUUCCUCGCCUUCCUGCUGCUGCUGCUGGCGCUGCGCCUGCGGCGCUGGCGCCGCUCGCAGCUGCUGGCGGCGGGCAGCGGCGCCUUGCGCGGCGUCCCGGCCUCGCACUUCGUGGGCAUCGACGGCGUCCGCGCCUUCCUGCACUCCUACUCGCACGAGGUGUCGCUCACCGCCGACUCGCGCAAGAGCCAGCUCCGCUUGUCGGGCGGCAGCUGCUGCGACACCCUCCCGGCCCGGCCGCCGCCCGACGAGCCCGCGCCGCUGCUCGGGGAGGACCCUGCCGGCGCCCGCCGCGCGGACCCCGCCGCUCCCCCGGUGAGUUCCUCCCACCAGCCCUUCCCCGCGGCGCGGCGCGGCGCGGCGCGAUGCUUCCCUCCGCUGCUUCUCCGCCCUUUCCCCCCGACUUCUGUCUCCUGCCUCGGGGGGUGGAGGUAG